AAAUUCACAAUCCGUAGACCCCAUCUUUUAGCUUGUCCCGCCAUCGGAUUCCUGAUCGGAAGCUUGUCCACAUACUUAAAGUAAGUCGUGGGAUCCCCGUGCCUUGUUCGGGCUUUCCCGAUGGCUGCCAAAACACCGCCUUUAUCUGAUCCUGCAACGCUUUCGGUGCUCCGAGCUCUUGCGGCUCACUUCUCGAAUUGCAAGCCGGUGUCGAAAGCGCUCGUCUUCCCAGCCGUAGUAGUAUCGCUCUGUUUGAUCGAAGGUCAUGACGCAACGGUUCCCGAUCCAAACGCUGCCUCAGCUCGAGGUGAGUGAACAGGAACGCGAGGCCAGCAGACAGCUCAUGCAGCAAUUGCUGGCACACACGAUCCGCGAGUUUGAAUUCCACUCGUACCGCAACAGCGGCAUCGUCGACGCCCGACGCUGGAAGCCGCACACUUGUCGCGACGACAUUGAGUUGUACCGCGAACGUAAGACCGGCGUGACGGGCAACAGCGUCUUUAACUCGGUUCGUCACUGCAGACUCGACCUGCCGAUCUUUUCGUCGACAAUUGAGACGCUGGCGUCGCCUACGAUGCUGCUUACAGGUUACGGCCAAGGCCGCGUCGAGAACGCCAUGAGCGCUGUAGUUACAGAAAGCCAGCACGACCUCGCGCUGGCGGUCAAAUUUAAGCACCAGGACGUGGCCGACUGCGCCAUCCUCAAGACACUGGAGCCGCCGACGCACGAGGAGCCCUAUCACUACCUCGGCUACAAGUUCUUUGUAAGGAAGUCGCCGACCGAAGGACUUUUAUUUAAACACCGCCACAGCGUCUACCUCGAGUUCAGUGGUAUCACCCAGUCCAGCAGGGGCGAACAGCUCGGUUUUCACAUCAUGCACUCGGUCGAGCUGCCCGGAUUCCCGGAUCUGAGCGACUUCAACUCGAUCCGCGCGCUGCAGUCCACGCGCUACAUCUACCGCCAGAAGAGCACUCACAUGGUGGAGGUGUUCAUGCUGGGCAACAUGGACAUCUCCGGUCGCAUCUUUAAGCCGCUGGCCAACAUGUUCACCGUCGACAUGUUCUUCGGCGUCACGCGGCUAUUGGAGCUGGCGGAGGUGCGUCGUCUCUCGCAGAUGGCACGCAAGCAGCGCAGUUUCGGCUCCAGUACCGCCAUCCUGGGCAGUUCGACGUCCUGCAAGGUGUGCAACCGCAGCGCGUCCAAGCAGAAGCUGAUCACCUGUCUACUGUGCAGCCACGCUGUGUGCAAGAAGUGCACGAGCACCAAGCGCGUCUUCGUGAGUGACGACCAGGGCAUCCUUGGCGACUUCAUCAAGGUGCCAGGAUGCAGGGCGUGCGUGCGUCGGGCCAACACGGGCAGCUUCUUGUCCCCGCACCAGCGCGUUCUACGCACGCCCCCCAGUGAGCUCAAGUUCGACUUCCACAAGGCCAAGGCCAAGAAAUUCUCCAGACCUCAAUCGCCGGCUACACCUCAAACUACCAAGACACAACACGCAGCAAGCCGUAUGCGUUCCCCGUCACGACGCCGUGAAACCUUCCCUUCAAGAUCCCCCACUUCCCAUGUGCCUACCCAGUACGCGUCCAGCAGCAUGCCAGCGAGCUCAAAGCUCGAUGACAAAGAAGAGGUGGAUGUCGUUGAGCCAAACCUCGACCGGCGAUGGACGAAGCCCUCCGCGAACCAGAGGUCAUAUUCCGACCGAGGCUCCCGCCCCGUUGGAGCGGAGCCGGCCCGGCCUCGGGCUCGCACGCGCGUCUCGAUUCCUGCUCAAGAUGACGGUCCUAUCUACGGCGCGCUGCCUCCCAAGCCAAGGACAAGCUUCGACCAGCAGAUCCCGGCGGACAUGUCGCCGGCGCAGCGCGCGAUGAUGGCUCGCUUGUUCGAACUCAGCAAGAUCGCCGAGGACACCUCCACAAAGGCGCACCUGAAUGGCAUCUACUGUGAACAGCACUGGCGAGAGGAACUCAAGAUGGAGGUGGAGGCCAGCCGCUCUCAAGUUCGCCGCCACCCCGUACGACGUGGGUCUGAGCUGGUUCGACAACUUUGUCCCCCAUCGGCAGGGGACAUUCGAACCGAGCCUCGAACGGUAAGGGGAUGAAGAGAGCAUGUACGUUAGAAUUGAAGUUAUAAAGAGUCCGAGGCUCACGCAAAUGAAGUUAUUGCAUCGCAGCAAUGAGUUCAUCAAGGAUGCUUGUGACCGAUCGCCUUAGUGCAACGGCGGCCGGCCCGUACAUCCAUCGGAUUUGAAUUCGACUGAAAGAUAUCCGCAUAGAAAGAAUUCGCCAUAGUAGUGCCA